GAAAAUGAGAGACGAUGACUUACUACUCUUCUCCGUCUUCGACUGGUCGUCUCCGUCUUUAACUGGGCGUAAUAGCUCCUCCGAAGUGCCUUAUUCUCUCGUGUUUCUUGGUCGGAUCAUCUACUUUAACCUUUGAUUGGUGUCUGCGGCUUCCAAUUGAAGAAUUCUUGAGGGGGAAUCCUGUCGAUCGGGUUUUGGAAGAAUUUGAUGAAGAUGUGGUUGAAAGUUUAUCUGCUGCAACUGAGAGAAAAAAAAAAUAAAAAUGGGAUUUUUCUUUUGACUUUCCUUUUUUCAGGCCCUCUUGUUGUGCCCUUGUUUCGAGCUUUUCAGUGUGGGUUUUGAGUUUGGGGGUUUAGCUAAGAGCACGGACGCUGGCACGGGUACGGUAUCUGACGCUAGGAAGAAUCUUCAGAUCAGAAUGAAAUGGAAGUUUGAAGUUUGGUUCUCAAGGUUUUCGAUUUGAAUGCUUUUAGGGUUCUGCGGGAGUUGUGUUUUGGAGAAACGGAUAUAUAAGCUGAAGAAACUGCGUCAUCAAGUCAGCUAGAACUCGGAAGAACGAAGUAACUGCUUUUUAGGGUUUUCUCUCUAGGGUGUCGAUCUUCGGAGAAUCCGAUGCUGAAGAAGUAAAGAGACCUGAAGCUGGUGCUUGACGGUGGGAAAGAUGGUGGAGGGUCCAAAAUUCACCGGAUUUAUAGGCAAUAACAACAAUCCAAACAACUUUUAUGAUUUCACGCAAGGGUUUUAUGAGAAACUUGGCGAGGGUUCCAACAUGUCAAUCGACAGUUUUGGGAGUUUACAGACGAGUAACGGUGGGGGUUCGGUCUCGAUGUCUGUGGAGAACAGCAGCGUCGGAUCAAACGAUUCCCUUACUCAUAUCUUAAACCAUCCUGGUGUGCGCCCUGUCAACAACAAUUACUCUGUAGGCCACAGUGUUCUUCGUCCGGGAAGGGUUUCCCAUGCGCUGAGUGAUGAUGCACUGGCACAAGCCCUGAUGGAUAGUAGAUAUCCCACGCAAGGGCUUGAGAAUUAUGAUGAGUGGACGAUUGAUUUGAGGAAGCUUAACAUGGGGACCGCUUUUGCGCAGGGAGCUUUUGGGAAGCUCUAUAAAGGUACGUACAAUGGUGAAGAUGUUGCAAUUAAGAUAUUGGAAAGGCCGGAGAACAAUGUAGAGAGGGCACAGUUGAUGGAACAACAGUUCCAACAGGAAGUGAUGAUGUUGGCCACCCUGAAACAUCCCAACAUAGUCAGGUUUAUUGGAGCAUGCCGAAAACCCAUGGUUUGGUGCAUUGUGACAGAGUAUGCAAAGGGAGGAUCAGUCCGUCAGUUCCUGAUGAGGAGGCAGAAUCGAUCAGUGCCGUUGAAGUUGGCAGUCAAGCAGGCCUUGGAUGUUGCAAGGGGGAUGGCGUAUGUGCAUGGGCUAGGGUUUAUUCACAGGGAUCUCAAGUCGGACAACCUUUUGAUUUUUACUGACAAGUCCAUCAAAAUUGCGGAUUUUGGUGUGGCACGUAUUGAGGUGCAGACUGAGGGGAUGACUCCAGAGACUGGAACUUACCGAUGGAUGGCUCCAGAGAUGAUCCAGCAUAGGCCAUACACACAGAAGGUGGAUGUGUACAGCUUUGGGAUUGUUCUCUGGGAGCUCAUCACGGGUAUGCUUCCCUUCCAGAAUAUGACAGCAGUGCAGGCAGCUUUUGCUGUUGUCAACAAGGGUGUCAGGCCAAUUGUUCCCAAUGACUGCCUACCUGUUCUUAGCGAGAUCAUGACUCGCUGCUGGGAUGCCAAUCCGGAGGUCCGACCAUCCUUUGCUGAUGUCGUUAGAAUGCUUGAGAAUGCUGAGACAGAGAUCAUGACUACCGUCCGCAAGGCCCGUUUCAGGUGUUGCAUGACCCAACCAAUGACAACCGACUGAUCCAAAUUUGGGGUUUAGUUAAAAGGGAAAAAAGGGGAGAACAGAAAAAAUGAAGAAAAUAGAAAAAGAAAAGGAGAAAGAAACAGAAGUUGAUUUUAUCUGAGCCUUCUGCAUCCACCAGUAAAAAAAAAAAAUUGCUAUGACGAGGACUCCUGUCCUCUGGUUUCUGGUAUAUACCUGGCUUGCUGCUGGUAUCUACUGGUUUCUGGCUUCUAUUUUACUGGAUUACUGUUGCUGUAGUAGUCGAAGAGAUUUGAUGUGUAUCCUUCCUCUCUUGUUAUAUGCGGGCCUGCCUUACUUCUAGUUGCUUUGUCUAUUCAAAAAAAAGAAAAAAAGGUGGGUCCUUUCUCGGAUUAACAUUGUUAACCGUUUCGUUUCUUGCCCCACCAUCUCUAAAUUUGCUGUUAUGAUAUUUUCUGUAUUAAGUAAAUUACAGUUCAUAUUUAGUCUC